AUGCCUGCCAAAGGAGGGACGAGAAGACGGUCCAGCUCGGUCUACAAUCAGUACCAUCCUCCGACGAGCUAUCGUCCCACGCUUCCCCCAGGCCAUGAAGAACCUUCUUCCUUCCCCGACAUCAAGCUUUUUUUCCGCCGAAACAGGAGGAGAAUGCGAUCCCGACAAUUCCUGUUCCUGAUCACGAUCGUGGGACUGUUCGCCGUGUCUCUCUACUGUCUACGUGGCACCACUUUGCCCUCUCUAGCGCCAGAGGUCGCGGAUCUCCUGAAGACGCCUACGCAUACACGUCCACAGUCUGAGAAGCAAGAUGCGCAGCCGAAAUCAGAGCCCCCGAGAGUGGGUGAUUCGCAUCCGAUGUGGCAAUUGAUCAAGGAUAACGAGAUGGAAUUCGAGCGCAAACUCGCGGCGCAAUCGAAGACUUUGCCGGAAGCUGUAGUGGAAUACAAGAGGAGAUAUGGGAUCCCACCGCCGCCGAACUUCGAUAAAUGGUUUGCGUUUGCCAAGGAGAGAGAGGUGGUGUUGAUUGAUGAGUUUGAUAUGAUACACCAUUCUCUUACGCCCUUUUGGGGGUUGAAACCUCAGACGAUAAGGAGACGGACGCAGGAGGCGUUGGGAUUCGGGAAUAAUUUAAUGGGGGUUCUGAUAAGGAAUGGGGAAGUGAGGAAGAUUGGGGAAGGGGGGGCUGCGGAUUGGCAGAUUGAAGCUACGCAGGGGAUGAUGAAGAAUUUUGUUAAGCAUUUGCCUGCUAUGGAUUUGGCAUUCAAUGUACAUGACGAACCGAGAGUUGUGGUUCCCCACGAUGAUCUGGAACGAUUGGUGAAAGAUGCGGUGGAUAAUCAAAUGCCAGCUGCGAAUGCUGUUGAGAAACCUCGAAACUCAUGGUCUCCAAGACCAAAAGACCUGGGGGACGGUUCACGAUUCGAAGAUAUUAAAACUACCCGAUUCAACGUCUUCGCACACCAACCUACAUGGACACAUUCUCGAAUGUCCUGCCCCGCCAAUUCCCCCGCACGCAUAUCCCUUGAAGACGAACCAGCCCGAGAUAACUACGACAGCUAUGCGCUCGGAGAAUUGGGUUUCGUAUACAAUGCUACCGCCUUUUCAGACGUCUGUCAAUCCCCCUCCUUCGGCUCAACAUUCGGAUUCUUUGACCGUCCAAACGCCUACAACAUAGUCCACGACCUCUUCCCAGUUUUCUCCCAAUCCAAAAUCUCCUCCUACAAUGACAUCCUGUACCCCUCUCCUUGGUACUGGGCAGGCAAAGUAAAAUACGACGACAAAAGCGACCGCGCCUGGACCGCGAAAGAAGACAAAAUCUGGUGGCGCGGUUCAACAACGGGAGGAUUCAGUCGAGACGGCGGCUGGCGAAGACAACAUCGCCAACACGUCGUGCAAAAGAUCAACGCCAACGACCAAGCCAAGAUCCUCACCAACAGCAGUCCCGAAGGCGGCCAGGAAAACUGGCAAGUCAAAGAAGUCCCCCGCAGCGACUAUAGCGCCAUCUUCGACAUCUUCUUCUCCCAC